UAAUUGCAGCAGUCUUUGGUGGUACAUUUAUGAAGUUGAACGGCGACAAUCCAGAAUUGAUUCAAAAGCGAAAUGAAUCUUUUCGAGAAUCAGAAACGACAGGCGGAAUUCGAGGCCUCCAGGAAGUCGACACGCCGAAUAAGGUGAUGAUGGAGAGAAUAUCCGUGUUGUCCUGGGAUCUAUUUGACGGAAACGUCCGAAUGUAA